UCAAUCUGACAGUUAAUGGGAUUCUUUGAAUUUUAACCUUCCGCUAGGAUGAUACAAGAUUUUUCGGUUUUUGUGCAAUAUUUCAAAACGAAAAGUAUUGAAUAAUUAAUUUAUAAAAGAAUGUCAAAUUAUGAUGCAUACGAUUCUCCAUCAAGACCCGAUCGUAAUUGCCGUUCUUGUACCGAUUUUAAGACAUGGUCAAAGAAACAACGUGAAAUAACCCAAACACCAAAAAAAAAGUUUGAAGAAAACAACAAGGGAAUGAAUAAUCAUACAAUACCCGACGAUUGUCCCCUUGAUAAGGAUACCUUAGGUCAAAGUACUUGGGGACUCUUGCAUACAAUAGCUGCGAUAUAUCCAAAAAAUCCCACAACUAGUCAAAAACAAGAUGUUAAAGUAUUCUACGACUCACUGUCUCGGUUGUAUCCGUGUGAAGUGUGUUCCAAGGAUUUCCAAAAAGACAUAAAGGAACAUCCGGUUAAUGCCAAUUCACAGGCCAAGCUAUCACAAUGGUUGUGUAAUUUUCACAAUCGUGUGAAUGCAAAGCUGGGAAAGCCCCAAUUUGACUGCAGCAAAGUAGACGAACGAUGGAGAGACGGAUGGAAGGAUGGGUCUUGUGACUGAACUUCAUAAAUUAUCUAGUUCUUAGAAUGUUAAACUAUUUUGUUAAUUUAUGAGAUAAAUAAUAAAUAUUAAUACCGUUUUUAAAACCGGCUAAACUUUGUACCUAGUAAAA